AUGGAUGCCUUUCUGUUCGUUCUUUUGUCCCUACAGAUUUACUACCUUGGAGUUGCAACAGACAAUUUCGUUGAUUUUAUGGAGAAUGUUAUCGAUGUGACGAAAGUUACAUCGGAAGAAGACGGUCUAUUCGUUUGGAGCAGCGAUCAGAAAGAAGAGCAGGAUCUAAGUGUCAAAUUCCACGACGUUAACGACGUUAUCGCUCUUAUCGGAAUCCAUGACCGAUUUCCUCGCGCAAAGUUCGACGACUACGUUGAGUAUAGUGUUGGGAUCAAUCAGCGUGCUGAUGUGUACGUACAGUACAACUUGACAAAAAACGGCUUCUACAAGUUUUCUGUUGAGGUGCUUUUUUCAUAUUGA